AUGGCGCUGCCAAGCCCGGCGAGCGAGGAAGCUGAGGGGCCCUGUCAGGAGGCAAACCAGGAAUAUCAGGAGCCGGUGUGUAGUCCUGUGCCCGAGCCGGAGCCAGAGCCGGAGCCCGAACCGGAGCCUGAGCCAGAGCCGGUGCCAGUGCCCCCACCCGAGCCUCAGCCUGAGCCCGAGCCCCAGCCCCUACCCGACCCUGCACCCCUGCCGGUGCUGGGCUUUGAGGCUGAGCCAGUGCAAGAACCCGAGCCCACGCCCACAGUGGAGACCCGAGGCACCGCGCGUGGCUUUCAGCCUCCCGAAGGUGGCUUCGGCUGGAUAGUGGUGUUUGCAGCCACCUGGUGCAACGGCUCCAUCUUCGGCAUCCAUAACUCUGUUGGUAUCCUCUACUCCAUGCUACUAGAGGAGGAAAAAGAGAAAAAUCGCCAAGUGGAGUUCCAAGCAGCCUGGGUCGGAGCCCUCGCCAUGGGCAUGAUCUUCUUCUGUUCUCCCAUUGUGAGUAUAUUCACUGACCGUUUGGGCUGCCGGAUCACAGCCACCACCGGGGCGGCCGUUGCUUUCAUUGGCCUCCACACCAGCUCCUUCACCAGCUCCCUAAGCCUGCGCUACUUCACCUAUGGGAUUCUGUUUGGUUGUGGCUGCUCAUUCGCCUUUCAACCAUCGCUCGUCAUCCUAGGCCACUACUUUCAACGUCGCCUGGGUCUGGCCAAUGGUGUGGUGUCUGCUGGGAGUAGCAUCUUCUCCAUGUCUUUUCCCUUCCUCAUCAAAAUGCUGGGAGACAGAAUCAAGCUGGCCCAAACCUUCCAGGUGCUGAGUACCUUCAUGUUUGUUCUUACGCUGCUCUCACUCACCUACCGGCCCCUCCUGCCCAGCUCCCAGGACACCCCAAGCAAGAGAGGCGCCCACACCCUGCGACAGCGCUUUCUGGUUCAGUUCAGAAAGUACUUCAACAUGCGUGUAUUUCGCCAGCGCACCUACCGUAUCUGGGCCUUUGGGAUCGCUGCUGCUGCCCUUGGUUACUUCGUCCCCUACGUACACCUGAUGAAAUAUGUGGAAGAUAAGUUCAAGGAGAUCAAGGAAACCUGGGUGCUCUUGGUGUGUAUUGGGGCUACUUCAGGCCUUGGACGUCUCGUCUCAGGCCACAUCAGUGACUCCAUCCCUGGACUUAAGAAGAUAUACUUGCAGGUCCUCUCAUUCCUGCUCCUGGGCUUGAUGUCUAUGAUGAUCCCCCUAUGCCGGGACUUCGGGGGCCUUAUCGUUGUCUGCCUCUUCCUGGGCCUAUGUGAUGGCUUCUUCAUCACCAUCAUGGCUCCCAUUGCGUUUGAACUGGUGGGACCCAUGCAGGCCUCACAGGCCAUUGGCUACCUCCUAGGCAUGAUGGCCCUGCCAAUGAUUGCUGGGCCCCCCAUUGCAGGCCUCCUUCGAAACUGCUUUGGUAACUACCAUGUGGCCUUCUACUUUGCGGGUGUCCCCCCAAUUAUUGGGGCUGUGAUCCUUUUCUUCGUCCCUCUGAUGCAUCAAAGGAUGUUUAAGAAAGAGCAGAGAGAGUCCAGCAAGGAUAAGAUGCUGUCCCACGAUCCAGACCCCAACGGAGAACUGCUGCCCGGGUCCCCAACUCCUGAAGAGCCCAUUUAAUGCCUCUGUCUUGCCACUGUGUGCUCCUUCCCACUCCCCAC